UAGUGUGGAACAUCGAUUGACCCGAGGUCGACCAGGUUGCGGGAACCCAUUGGAAGAGUCCAAUCGUUUAGAAAGAGUCGAUAACAGCAUGUGAUUAUCGGAGUAAAAGCUUGCUCAAGAAGCUGGCUCGCAUCUGAAUGGAAAUCUGAUGACUUGUCAUAACCAGCGCAACUAUGUUCUUUGCAGUACACAUUCAUGCAAUAGACGAAGAAUUUUCACGCGCCCCUCAAAAUAACGUUUGAAUCGCACCGCGAGCAUCAUGAAGACAACCAAUCGUUCUGAACAGAUGGUGCCACAUAACUUCGUAUUUAAUCCGAUGUUGAAGUUGAAUGUAUGAACGGGUCGAGAUCAAUGCAAGAGGACUCGUGAUUCCCUGCGCCACAACACACGUUGAUUGGCGGGAUGUGCGGAGAUUGAUCUUAUCUGAUUCAUUGAUUCCUCGGCAUUUCAUCUUAUCAGAUCAUCUACUUGAGCCCAGGCACGGCUGAUGCUCAUGAUUGGGAUGUUGGAAUUCUUGUGCGGUGGAGUGAUGGAUGACUAGUGUUUAUCCGGGUCCGGUUGUCGGCGUGUUCGCGGGAGCAAUGAAGCCCUUUGGGAAUGGACAAGCUGCAGCUCAUUGAUGUAUAUAAUGUCGACAGGCCCCUCAUCCUUGUGCAUUGACUGUGUGCCCCUAUAUCCCUUGGCCUCGUCUCCACCUUAAAAAAGUGUUGUGCUCACUGCAACGACUUUUCUUCAUCUUUACGAUGAGUCUAAUCAAUCCUGAAGGUCCCGAGCCAGUGGGCAGCAUCGUUCCUCCUCCUCAAGAUGUUGAGAAGAGAGUGAAGGAUGUGGACGAAACAACCGACAUCACCUCCCAGAACAGCGAUCAAGGAUCCGAAACUUUCCAAAAUGGCGUUGAGCGCGUGCGAGCCAUCACUUCGAUUUGGUCUCAAUCGACUUUGGUCAGUAUGUUUGUACUGCUAUACCUCAUCUCGUUCGUCGAUAUGCUUCAGAACUACGUUGAUAGCGCUUUGAACCCUUACAUAACCUCGGCGUUUGGCAAACACGGUCUGCUCACGGUUGGCACUGUCAUGUCCACAGCUCUCGGGGGCUGCAUUCCGCUUGCAACUGCCAAGGCGAUUGAUAUCUGGGGCCGUGUAGAAGGGUUCAUGCUCAUGCUGCUGCUCUCUGUAGUGGGUAUGAUUUUGAAAGCGGUUUGCACAAAUGUGCAGACAUACAUCGCCGGCCACGUUCUUUAUUGGACUGGACACAUCGGGGUGAUGUAUGUCGUGGAUGUCAUGUGUGCUGACAUUACAACGCUCAAAAACCGCAUGAUCAUCUUUGGUAUCAACGGUACCCCUCGAAUUGCAGCGACUUUCGCUGCUCCUAAAAUUGCGGACGCGUUCUACUACAGCCAUACCUGGCGCUGGGCUUUCGGCACCUUCAUCAUUGUGCUCGUUGUGUGCAGCGUGCCGGCGAUGGGUGUCAUGGUAUCCAUGUACAUGAAAGCGCGCAAAGCUGGCCUUGCCAAGAAGCAACGCUCUGGUCGUAACGUCGCCCAGUCCAUCGCGCAUUACUUCGUUGAGUUCGACAUUUUCGGUAUUCUUCUUCUGAUGUUCGCCUUCUGCCUCUUCAUGCUGCCGUUUACCCUCGUCAACUACGCUCCCAAUGGAUGGAAAACUGGUUACAUCAUCGCCAUGAUCGUGUUGGGCAUUCUUCUCUUCCCGUCUUUCGUUCUCUACGAAAUGAAGUUCGCCCCCGUCCCGUUUUUGCCAUGGAAAUACCUCAAGGACCCCACGAUCAUCGGUUCAUGCGUCCUUCAAGGCGUCAUGUUUCUCUCUGUCUUCAGUUGGAACGCGUUCUUCGGCACUUAUUUGCAGGUCGUACAUCGCCUGUCAUUGGUUAACGCCAAUUAUGUCCUCAACUCGUUUUCUCUGACCUCCGCUGUCUUUGGCCCCCUUAUUGGGUUGCUUAUAAGCAAGACUGGAAACUUCAAGUGGAUUGCGUACUCGGGUAUUCCCAUCACGCUUCUGGGCACAGCACUCCUGAUUCCUUUCCGUACCCCAAACACGAACGUUGGAGUUCUCGCUUUCACUCAAAUCCUCGUCGGUCUUGGAACUGGCAUCUUCGCUACGUGCGCCCAAAUCGCCGUGUUUGCCCCCGUCACCCACCAACAGGUUGCUGCCGUCAACGCUUUGCAGGGUUUGUUCAGCGGUUUCGGUUCGUCAAUUGGUUACAGUAUUUCUGGCGCAAUGUGGACCUCGAUCUUCCCUGCGCAGCUAGCACAACGUCUCCCUGAGGACAGCAAAUCGCGCGCACUCGAAAUCUUCGGAAGCAUCGAAGUGCAGAAGAGCUUUGCGGAUGGGACCCUCGAGCGUGACGCCGUCGUCGCCUCCAUGGCUCACGUGCAGCGACUGAUGCUGAUUGCAGGCGUGUGCUUCAUGCCGCUCUGCAUUAUCAGCAUUUGGGUCUGGAGGAACAUCAAUGUCAAGAAGCUCGAGGAGAAAGAUGGUAAACAAACGAAGGGCAUGGUGUUUUAG